GAUCUCCGAUGCUGUGGCAGUGGAAACGCGUCGUCGUGAAGAGGCGAUCCUACAGCUUCGCGAGGACUGCCGAGAAUCCAUACAACGAGAAGUGCGAUCUAGGCUUCAGGAUCAUGCCAAGCUUCGACAGGAACUGGAGAUGGAGAGGAAAACGCGCAAGGAAGCCUUUGGAAUGAUCCAAAAGGCCAUGAGCCAUUGCGGCACCGCAUGA